UACUGUUUAACACGUUCUUCACAAAAACACCAAAUGCAACAUCUGCUUUACAUUUAAGCUAAUUCAAAGUGUGGAAAAGAGCCAUGUUUACGUUCGACUAUGUGAAAUUCAUUAAUAGAUACACCAGCCUGAGUGCUUGAGGAAAUAAUUGUGAUUUUAAAGAGAUAGCAUAGGAAUGAUUCAUCCAUGAUUUGGAAUGAAAAUUAGGUGAGCCAUACGAUCCUAUCAUUUGCAACGAUAACAGCCAAGGACCGGCUUCGAUGACUUAUAUAUAUAUAAUUAUAUACGUAUGACAUGUGACUGGCAUUGUGUAAGCUAGCUAGGCAGUGAACGCUGUGAUGCAAGGAUCAAUUAAGUGAACUAAAUUCUAAACGAUUUGUUAAUGGAAUAUUUAAUAACGAUGCAUCAUAAGGAAUUUAUUGUAGGAUCAGAACAAGCUGGACCUUGACAUCUGAAAACAACGACACGUGCACUAACAAUAUACUAUUCACAUGGUUAUACCAGGAUCUGAGUGGAUCAAUGUGAAAUAUAAAAUAUUGUCGGAUUUAAAAUGAACUGAUUUCAACUCAAAACAAAGUAAAAUCUUUAAUGCGACGGUGACACAAAACGAGAAUUUGCUUUAAAGGUUUUAAACGAAUUAAACGAUAUUAACUUCGUUCAUUACAUAGGACAUACAUUUAAGCUCCUACAUGUUUUAUAUUUACGAAAAAAGACACAUGUCAUACAUAUUUUAUCUACUUGAAAAAUCUAAACUAGACCAGUUUGAGAACAUAAUACUGGUUUUAAAAUACCAUAAAACUUGCAGUUGUUAAAAUCUUUAGAUGGGCAUCUAAAACGUUAAUAUAAAAUUAUAUAAGUUGUACGAUGACACUUUGAAUGUGGUAAUAUGAUAUUGUCUAUAGUAUGAAUCAUCUUGAAAAUGGAUUACGGAGGAUUGACAUUCAGGAAGAAAAGAUGUACGCUGUCUCUUUACAGCACAGCUAAAGGUCGAUUUUCUGUGUAUUUACAACUUUAGAGUAGUUUUUUCGCGUUAUAAUACUGUGUAUUUCUACUUAAACAGACUGUACACUUCAUACAUGAAGUAUUUAAACUGAUUGCUUCAGUAAGUGCCCAUUUGUUGUUUGUUUUGCGGUUGUUGAAAUCGGCGUGCUAUAAACAUUUAAUGGAGUAUAGUAAAUGUAUACAUUGACCUACAGGUGGAUAUUGACAUUUUGUGUGAAAAUGAGGCAAACAAAGGCUUAAAUAGAGGUGACAUAUUACUUAACCAGUACUUAAAGGCUAUUGAAUCUUUCUGAACAAUGAGUUUGGAAGAGUAUAGAGGGAAAAUAAAUCACGAGAGGAAGAUUUCAACUCUUACCGUAGCCUCUGAUAGUGGUAUUAGUUGUUCUACUCCCGAGGAAAUCAUUCAGCAACAGGAAUAUGUUACCAUGGAUAUGGUUAUUGAUUCGAUUAGCGACAGACCCGUAAGGACAAGGAAUCGGGUAUCUGCUGAUGUAUACUUAAGGCGAAAAGAUGUCGAUAUGGGCACACUAUUGGGCGUCAAGAGACAACUCAGUAACAGGUAUUCGCGUUCGUUGCCUGAUAUACUCGAUAUUGACAAUAUUGAUCCCAUAAACGAUCCUGAUAUAGUCGGUAAUGAGCUUAACAAGACUAGCGAUUCGUCUGACCCUAAUGUUUCGUUUGAGGAAAACGGUGUUAAGGUUGAUAAUGCCCCUCGUAGUUUAAAUUCUCCAGUGACUGUUUGCGGACGGGAACAUUUGGAAGACCCUUGCUAUAUAUGUAUGAAAGACAAUGAAAUAUAUUGUUCUGUGUGUAUAGAGGUCCACAAUGUCCAUUGCCGAGAGAAAGUGAAGUUUAUCCCGGAUAUACCGUCUGAGUUCCGGCAAAAAUACUGUGCAGAUGCCACAGAGGAACUGGUAAUCAUGAAACGCAGGUUCAUAAAGAUUAAAGAGGAAAACGAAGAGCUUCGCGAGAAACUGAACGUAUCGAAGAGAGCGUUUAUAAAAUCUUUAAUGAAGUAUAAGAAUAGUAUUAUUGCAAUUGUAGAUAGAAUGGAAAAAGAAGCUCUGCUUGAAAUGGAUACGAUAUUUUCAAACGAAAGUGCCAAAAUACAAACUAAUAUAGAAAAUCUGGAGAGAGAAAUCAGGAAUCUUGAGAGCCAUUUAACCGCGUUGAAAGGAAAUGACUUUUCUGAUGGUAGUACGAUGGUGUUUACUAUCCAAGAGGCUCUGAAUCAACUGCAUAAAGACGAAAUCAUCAUCCGAACUAACCACAAAAUGACAAACCACACUGAAUUCAUCUUCGAGGGACCCAAUGGCUUCAUAGAACGGUUAGCAGGUUUGGAUGAGCUAUGGAAAGUAUCUAAAUCGACAGUUGAACGCUGCAAGGUUCCAAUGCCUUGUAAUUGUGACAAACCAUACGAGAAAAAGACCGCGGUGAAAGAGAAAGAAGUUUCCGUUCGUCUGUCCGGGUGGUCCUUUGAUCGCGAGCGGUGUUGCAUUACUGCCUGCGAGUUUUUGAACAACGGGAAAUUGCUACUAUGUGAUAACGCGAACAAAAAGUUGAAGUUGUUCAGUAAGAAAUUCAAAUGUGUAUCGAUGCUAAGCCUACCCUCCCUGCCCUGGGAUAUCGCAGUGAUAGACGACAGCAGAGCGGCGGUCACGAUGCCGGACAAGAAACAGCUUCAGUUCAUUCAGAUACAAGACCGAAAACUGUCGAAUAAAGAAACGAUAACUCUGGAGCACAAUUGCUGGGGUGUCGCGUGCAAUAAUGAUAUUCUGUUUGUCACGUGUUGGUCACGCGAGGCCACGUCGAUCAUUGUGAUAGACGCGCACGGCGCUCCAACUCGCGAGAUCACGACGGCGGGCGGCGUUCCUUUUCAUACACCGUGGUUUAUUGCGUUCCAUAACCAAACGCUCUACGUGUCGGACUGGGGAACGUACACCGUGAAUUGUCUGACUACAACCGGAACGCAGUGUGAGAAAUACAGACACAGUCUUCUUGUUGGACCUUUGGGAGUAACGCAUGACCCCGACGGCAACCUGUACAUAUGCAGUCGGGACUCUAACACAAUCCACCAACUCUCGCCGACGGGGUCGUUGAUAAGAAUACUUCUGACUGAGAAAGAUGGGAUCGCUCAGCCUUUAAACAUCUGCCAUCGGAAGACUGACGAUCGGCUGGUAGUCACCUCGUGGAUGUCGGACAAAAUCACAGUCUACAAAAUUUCCUAGCGUUCAUGUCAAGUUGUAACGUGUUUUUCAGCUCAUACACUAUAAUGAGUUAAUUUGAUUUGUUUACUUUAUGUUUAAAAGUUGUGUUUUGUAAAAUGCUUUGUAGUUCAGAUAUAUAAUUAAACUUGUAUUUCUGUUAUUUUGUUGAGAAGAUUUAAUUGAUUCUUGUCAGUAUUAUACAUGUAUACAUGAUGUACUUAAACAUUAAUUUGCGUUCACUGUUACGCAUUCAAAAUGGUAGAUAAAAUAAGCAUGUGCACCGUGACUCUGCAUAAAAAUUAACGUUUCACUGUUAAAUUCAGAGCGUAUAACACAUUUAUGUAAACCAAUUUUUCAUCAAUAGGACAGGGACCUUAGCCGCUUGAUUUAAACUUCUAAUUCUGUGAAAUAGCAAUUAUCGUUUAUAGUAUUUUAACAGUUUUAUUAUAUGUAUGCCUUGAUACUGUUUUUAACAAGGCGACUUGUUCACUUGAUUUUUGUUGUUCUUACAACCCUGUUAAAAAUGAAAUUAUAUGAUACUACCGGUAUAUGCUAUGUACACGCUGAUUAUUCUGUUAUUGAAUGUAUAUGCUAAUUAAAGGGAUGUGACCGCAGAUUGGAAAAAUGACAAUUUCUCAUAGCUUUUUAUUAAUUUAAAAAAUAACUUUAACAUAUUCAAACAAGCGGAAAAAGCCCACGAGUUAUUAAUUCAUGUCAUUAUCAUGUAAUUAAUGCUUUUCAUCGAUAAUAAGAAAAAUGUGCGUAUAAUUCACAUCAUAGCGCUAAAAUACGUAGUAAAAUUAUGAAGCUUACUAUAACAUUGAUGGUUGUUCCUUUCUUGAAGUAACAGUAGGAGUAUCUUAAAUUAUUGAAAAUAGUCUUAAAACUUUGUAAAUUGUUAUGACAACUUUUCAAAAAUACAAAAAAGAGCGUUGCAAACUAAAAAUUAAUUAUUAGGCUGUCCGAUAUAAAGUAACGCAGUGUUUCUUGCUCUCAUAAGCGGACGAGGUACAUGUAGCUCCUGAGCACACUCGGCGGAUACGCAAGCUGCUAUGGCGCUAUGCUGAUCGCAUAUGGCAUGUGAUCAAUUUUUGUAUGAAGAUGGGCAUCUAUAACCCAUUUAUUAAUCGGACGCACUAGUUGUCUUGUUUGUGUCAUCGUAAAAAUGGCGACAGUCUCAGAAGUUCACGCGAUGACUAAUAUUUUCAUUACGGUUUGAGUGUAUUGUGAUAUGCUUAUUAUUUAUCCGAUUUAAUAUUACUUGUAUAUUAAGUGUUAAAGUAUACAUAAUGCAACAAUAUACAUGGGCAAUAACAAUAUUUUAUUAUUGUAAAAUCUUAUGAUAUUGGUUGGUUGAUGUUACUAUAUAUCAGUGUUUUUUCUCAAUGAAAAACAUUCCCAGGUUUGACGUGGUUAAACCAGACAAAUACUCAUUUCAGUGCAUUCAGUGUAUUUUAAUUGCAUCGUCUCGAAAUCUUUCCUGGUCUGUGAAACUAAUUGUUUGUUUUCCAUUAGUGGUAAUCGAUACCAUUAAGGCAAACGUUUACAUUAUCCUAAAACAAUGCAAUUAUUUGCCUAGUAAGUAACACCUAGAAUGUCUUUUCAUAGUUGAAUUUCAGCUUGUGCUCCAACUUCCAAUUAUGAAUCUGUUCCCCAUAUCUGCUCCCACAUAUGUAUGUAUCGGUUUAACUAUGCAAUCUCAUAAUUUAAAUAUUCAGAAUAACAAAACAUCACCAUAGGUUCUAUUACUGACUUAGUAGCGAAAGUAGACGGCACGGGCUUUUACUUUCGAAUAGGACUGUUUGGGAGAAAAAAGAAGACACGUAAUGUUAUAUUGAAGUAACGCUAACCGGGUUAGCAUUAAUGGUCUAUUUUUCAUACGAGCGAAAUGAACCGCCAUUGCUAGGGACAAUAAUAAACAUAUGAGCCUCGCUCUGUGAAAAGGGGGUUGAAUACAAGUGCGUACAGAGUUGUCCCUGAUUAGUAGCUGCAGUCCGCACAGGCUAAUCAGGGUCGACACUUUCCGCCUUAAACUUGAUUUUUGCUAAGAAGAGACUUUCUUUAAACGAAAAAUAUCAUAAGAGCGGAAAGUUUCGUCCCUGAUUAGUCUUUGCUGACUGCAUAGUCAAAUCAGGGACGACACUAUAGGCGCAUGCAUUCUACCCCAUUUUUACAGAGCGCACCUCAUAUUUCAUUAAUUCAAAUAUGUGUUAGCGUCCCUUUAUUUGAGGAGAGGGAAGUAACUCGUCUAUUUACAAAAUAAAGAUGAUGGUAGCGCUUACGUCUCCUUGUCCUGUAGCAACGUUACAAUUUAUGGCUUGUGAGAUUAUAUUACGUGAAAUGUUAACCUAUCCUUGUACAUUUGAGAAUACAAUAUGAAUAUAAAAUGA